AUGUUUAUGAAGUUGUUCAAGAAAAAGGAUAAAAAGGACAAGGAGGAGGAGAAGAAGCCCGAGUUAACACCUCCCGUGGAGGAAAAGAGCGGAAGCACCCCUGAGCCGCCGCAGGAGAAGCUGACCAAAGACGACUUCGAGACCCUCGACGUGCUCGGAAAGGGCUCCUUCGCCUAUGUGGUGCUGUGCCGUCGCCUGUCCACGAACAAGUACUACGCCAUGAAGGUGAUCAACAAGCAGGGCUUGCUGGACCACAAGCGCGUUCAGGAUGUCUUUACGGAGCGCAACGUGCUGACUCGCCUGAACCACCCCUACCUACUGAAGCUGUACUGGACUUUUCAGUCCGAGCACAAGCUGUUCUUCGUCAUGGACUACAUGCCUGGCGGUGACCUCGACAAGUACAUGAACACCGUCCCCAAAAAGCAGCUUGAUGCAACGACGGCGCAGCUGUACGGCGCCGAGAUUCUGUUGGCCAUCAUGUGCCUGCACGAGCACAGCGUUAUCUAUCGAGACCUGAAGCCAGAGAACAUUCUGCUGGAUGCUGAGGGUCACUGCGCUCUUGCAGACUUCGGCCUGUCUAAGGAUUUCCACAAGGACGGUCAAGACGUGUCGGACAAGGACCUUCGCGCGAACUCGUUCGUUGGGUCGCCGUUCUACGUGGCGCCUGAUGUACUGCGCCAACGCGAGUACACCAGCGCGGUGGACUUCUGGUCUUUCGGCAUUCUCCUGUACCGCAUGCUCUGCGGCCGCACUCCCUUCAACGGGCGCAGCAUGACAGAGGUGUUCGACAACAUCUUGUACUCAGACCUCUCUUUCCCCAGUGGCGUGACGAUACCGCCGGAGGCCAAGGACCUGAUCAGCCGCUUGCUGAUGAAGGACCCCAACCGCCGCAUCAAAGGUCCUGAAGUGAAGCUGCACCCGUACUGGAACGGGAUCAACUUUGAGGAGGUGAUGCAACGCAAGAUUCCACCGCCACGCUGGACCCCGCUCCAGUCAGUGGAGGAGAUGCUGGCUGCCCGCAAGAACGUCGUCGCUGGAACCUCGGCCUCUUUGAAGAAUCCUCACCAGGUCGUAAAUACGCCAGCGCAGAGCUCACAGCUCAACGCAGGUCAGCAGCAGCUGUUUGGCGGCUUCUCCUGCACGGCGGACAGUCACCUGCACAACAGCUGA